UAAUAUUACUUCCUGCAUUAUUUACAACGCUUCCUAAAAGUCAAUGCAAAGAACAAAAACUUAAUUUCAACUUAUUUUUCAAUUUCAUUCAAGAAAGUUAGUUUCUAAGAUUCAAUGAGCACCCAAAGUACCAUCAUCGGAAGAGAAGGUAGCUGUUCCGAUCGAACCAACGAUCUCAAGGCGUUCGACGAACGAAAAACCGGCGUAAAAGGGCUAGUCGACGCAGGUUCGAAAACCAUCCCUACCAUCUUUAUUCGACCACUCGAGUCUCGUUUAAACGAUUUGGAUACUUGUCAUGAAAACAUAAGUGUGCCCAUCAUAGACAUUGCUCGUGUUGAUGAUGACGAAGAUCGAACGGCUGAGGUUGUUAAGGAAGUCAUUGUUGCAGCAAAGGAAUGGGGAUUUUUUCAAGUGGUAAAUCAUGGGAUACCUUUAGAAAUGUUGGAAGUUAUGAUUGAACGAAUUCGAAUGUUUCAUGAACAAGAUGAUGAGGUUAAGAAGAAGUAUUAUAACCGCGAUUUCGAGAGAAAGAGGGUGUUGUAUUAUUGCAACCAUGAUUUGUAUAAAUCAAAGGCUGUUAAUUGGAGGGAUAGUUUGUAUGUUAAUACUAUACAUACUUCUGGUCAAGUUGAUCCUCAAGAGUUGCCUCCAAUAUGCAAGGAUGCGAUGUUGGAGUACAUCGACCAUAUCCUUAAACUUGGUGAUCGAAUACUUAUGUUACUAUCAAUGGGUCUUGGACUCGAACCUGAAUGUCUUAAGAAACUCGUAAAGGGUAAAAAAGGUUGGUCCUUAAUUGGACACUAUUACCCUCAAUGUCCAGAACCAGAACUUACAAUAGGAACUAAUGGACAUGCCGAUAACUCAUUCAUCACCAUACUUUUACAAGAUCAAAUAGGUGGUCUUCAAGUUUUGUACGACAAUAAAUGGGUUAAUAUCGAGCCUGUUACCGGCGCUUUGAUUGUUAACUUCGGAAAUAUACUUCAGAUUAUAACUAACGACGUGCUCAAAAGCGUCCAGCAUAGAGUGAUUGCGAAAAAUGUUGGACCACGGGUAUCUGUUGCAUUCUUUUUCCGUGGUCUUUUUUCAUCGGAUCAGAUAUAUGGUCCGAUUAAGGAACUGACUUCGGAAGAAAAUCCACCGGUUUAUAGGGAUUUCACAAUUGAGGAAAUCACCACAUACUUCUUUACCAAAUCCCUUGAGGAGUUUGGGAUCGACCAUUUCAAGCUUCGAUGACAACCCGAAGAUGGUCACUAAGUUCUACAAGGGAUGAUGAGACAACAUUGUGUUAUUUUGCUACAUAAUAAACAAGCUUCUACAUAGCAUGAAUGUAAUUGAAAGAAAACUAGAGUUAGUUUUGUGCUUGCAAGGUGUUUUAAUUUGUUUCAUUUUUGUGUUUUGUGAAGAAUAUUGUUUUUAAUUUGGUUUUUUUAAAGUGAUGGCUCCGUAUUUUGAUUUCUUAUUUCUCCAUUACCAUCGUCAAAGUAAGUAAGGAUGUGUUCGGCGG